ACUGCACUGACAUGGUCAAAACCAGCGUUUCCUCAUUUCAGCAAAUGCGCGUCCUCAGCGAGCGGAGGUCCAGAGGUAACACCACCCGUACAGCAGACAUAACGCAGGCUUCAUGACGGCUUAGACGGCUUGUUCAUCCCUGCCAGGUGUGGACCUAAUACUAAACCCAGUAUGAGCACUAUAGCCUACUGGAGCUAAUAGCUUGCUUUUGAACAUUUGUGGACUGAGAACAGUGGUAAACGAGAGAGAGAGAGAGAGAAACAUGGCUGUAUUUAAGCUGGAAAAUGUUGAAGACCUUUAUGAGAUCGGAGAAGUUUUGGGAAGUGGUCACUUUGGGCAGGUGCGUGAGGUGCGGGAGCGAGCCACUGGUGUUCUGUGGGCGGGGAAGUUCCUGAAGCUGAAGCGUGGUGCGGGAAGCAGGCUAGGCCUAGAGAGGAAAAGUGUGGAGAAAGAGGUGGAGAUUCUUCAGGGCCUCCAACAUCAGAACAUAAUGGCCAUCAAAGAUGUUUUCGAGAACAGGACGGAGGUGGUCCUCAUCAUUGAGCUCAUAAAGGGUGGUGAACUCUUUGAUUUCAUCGCUGAGAAGGAAAACCUCACUGAGACAGAUGCCAUUGAGUUCUUGAAACAGAUUCUGGAAGGUGUAAGCUACAUGCACCAAAAAAACGUUGGCCACUUUGACCUUAAGAUGUCACAAAGAACAAUGAACCAGAACAUUUCCACAGAUGUUUCACAUGUUCUCAUCAUUCGUGUUGUUCUUCAGCCAGAGAACAUCAUGUUGUCAGACAAGCAACCUCCUAAUCAACACAUCAAAAUCAUUGAUUUCGGCAUUGCCCAUCGCUUCAUUCAAGGGGAAGAGUACAAGAGCUUAGGAGGAACCCCUCAGUACAUCGCUCCUGAGAUAAUCAACUACGAGCCCCUUAGUACAGCUGCAGAUAUGUGGAGCAUUGGUGUUAUUACCUACAUCCUUUUGAGUGGUCUGUCCCCAUUCCAAGGGGACACAGAUGAAGAGACUCUGAGGAACAUCGUGGCAAUGAACUACAAGUUUGAGCCUCACUACUUCAGUCAAACCAGUAACAUGGCCAAAGACUUCAUCCAGAAACUACUAGUUAAAGAUCAAAGUGAAAGGAUGACAGCCGAUGAAUGCCUCAUUCACCCUUGGAUUAAGCCUCUCAAUAGAACUCAAAUGGCCAAAAGGAACCGCUCCUCCAUCAACAUUAAGAACUUUAAGAAGUUCAAUGCGAGGAGGAAAUGGAAGAUGUCCUUUAACAUGGUUUCGGCCUGUAAUCGAUUUUCUCGACUGCAGUUACUGUGUAAGGCCCGCGGUCCCGAACAACAAGAACUGAGGGACUGUGAGAGCGAUCAGGAGGACACAGGUACAAAACCUGCCUCGCUGUUACGCCGGCGUCUUAGUAGCAAUUCAUAAAACUCGCCGGUAGAGGGAGACAAAAACUACACGCAUCUGCUGUAGUGCUUUGUGCCGCAUACAGGGGGCGAGAGAGCAAUUCAAAGGAACACUUCCUUCAUCCGAGGCCUUGAACCUGCGAUUGCCCAACAACCAGAUACAUAUCCAGGUACAGUGGAUGACGUCAUUUCAAAGAAGGAUUGGGCCAUGAGAUCAUCGUGGAAUUCUUCAAACUUAUAUGCAAGCAUGUUCAUAGAGUUCUGCCUCCGACAGACUUUGUGAUGCUUCUACCUGAAAUGCUGUGGAUAGUAGGGUCAAGUCUCUUGAAGGAUGUACCUGCAACAUUCAAAAUUAUCUUCUAACUAUUCUUUAAAGAAAUGUAUUUAGCUGGGAUCCA